CAUAUUUCUUCGAUUGCACAUGCCUAAAUUUAACUAGUAUGUAUUUCACAGAUACAUCCUAAUGUGAGAUUUCUGAGGGGACGAUCCAUUGAGAAUUAUGAGGAGUUGCGUGUCAUCUUUGACAACAAUUAUGCAAGUGGAUGCUGCUCUGGAACUGGUGCCAAAAGUGGUGUUAAUCCAGCUUCCAACAAUGAACAGAUAGAAACUCCGUUGCACAUCAUGCUGGGUGGUGGGGAGAUGAACCAGGAAAAUACCAGUGAGAGCACGCAAGGUUCAUCUCAUCGGACAAGAACUAGACCUUCAUUAUCACGUUCUAAACAGCCGUCUAAGAAGAGGCGUAACAGUGAUGUGAUGGUGGAAAUGAUGAACGCUAUUGCAGCAAAUAUUGGUAGGAUAGCUGAUGCUUUGACAGGGAGCAACCAAUCUGUGUGCUUGGAUGAACUGUUUGAGAUGGUGCAGAACAUUCCUGGCUUUGAUGACGAUCUUAUUAUUGAGGCAUGUGAGUUUCUUUCUUUUGAUGAAAAGAGGGCCAAGAUGUUCUUAAAAUUGGAUGAGAGGUUAAGGAAAAUGUGGUUGUUAAAACGCUUGCGUGGUCACGCUAUUUAAAAUUCAAAUAACCUGUGUUGGUACCUGGAUGUGCACUUUCUGCUUACGUGAAUAGCUGCUUGGUGUACAAUUGUCUGGUUUCACACUAUUUCCCCCCUUCUUAUCUCUGUUGAUUGUUUG